AAAAAGAAUAAAAUUCAAUUUUCAAUAAAAUCAUUACAUGUUCUUUUUUUUUUUUUUUCAUGAUAAACUGGAAUUGGAAAAUAUUUUACAUCUUGAUUUUCGAUGAUCAGAUACGAUAUUAGUGGGUAAUAUUUAUUUCUCAGGCUUUCUUCCCUACAAAUCAAUAUUAUUCUUGAAUCGAUCAUCAAACAGAUUCUCACGAAAAAGAUAUAAAAAAUAACUAAACAACAUCAAGUUCAGUUUGAUCGUUUUCCAAACUUUUUCUUCUGACUACCAAGCUCUUGCUAUAUGGUAUAGAAGCUUUGAACCUGUCAGAGCUUUCUUGGAUAUACAUUGCGCAGGUGAUUGCUCUCUUUUCUAUUCCAAAUCUUUUAAUCUCCUUUCUAUUUAAAUCAAGAAGCUAUCAUCGUUAGUGAUAGAAGUGCUGGGAUCGUUGAUAUAGCCUAUAUAGCUCUCCGACUUUGUUUUUGGACUUUUUCUUUUUUUUCUGAUAUUUUCUAUUUUCUAUUUGUGAAGGCUUUAGCAUAUAAUUACUUUAAACAUGGAAAGUGUUUCGUUUCCUCAUGACCAUUACCAGGAGAAAGAUGAUAAACAAGAUGCUUUUGUUAAGCAAUUUGAAUCUUCUGGUAACAACGAUUUGGAAGUCAGUGGUCAAAUUCCAAGCUCUUCUCCUUCAGGGGAAGAGGAAUUCAGUCUUGAAGAACAGAAACGGCUAAGCAGACUACGCCUAAAAAGUGAUAUCCGAAUUAUACCUUGUCUUUGGAUUCUUUACUUUUUAGCUUGUUGCUUACGAUUUUCCGUCUCGCUUUCUUUCACUAUGAAUACGAAACAAGGCCAUAGCCUCAUUCAAACAUUACCCGGUUAUACUCCCCAUCUUCUGUCUUUAGGUCUCGCUCUUUUUUAUGUUGGAUAUGUAAUUUUUGAGGUUCCUUCCAACUUGAUGAUGGUUUUCGUUGAACCCUCUGUUUGGGUUGCUCGUAUUCAGUUAACCAUUGGUAUCGUUGGUUUGUGUCAUACAGUCUUGGGAACUAAACAUGGUAAUGCAAAAGCAUAUGUUGCUCUACGAUUUUUCUUGGGUGUCGCAGAGUCUGGCUUAUGGCCAGGCUUAGCUUAUUACAUAAGCCGUUGGUACCAGGGCCAGCACCUGGGAAAACGAAUUGGAUGGUAUUAUACUGCUGCCCAAAUCGGUGCUGCUGUUGUAAGUUUGGUUUCUGCUGGAUUCCAAAAAAUGGAUAAUACUCGUGGACUUUACGGUUAUCAAUGGAUGUUUUUGGUUUGGGGCGUUGUUUCUGUUGCUCAAGCUCUAACUAUUCCUUGGUGGCUUCCUGCGGUCGAUAGCUAUCAAAAAAACAGAAGAGACAUUUUAUCUUAUAUUCCUCUUCCUGAAUGGAUGAAGAACAUGUCUCCAACCCGCAUGCAAUUGUUUAAUCAGAAUGAAAAACAUCUGCAUCGCCGUUACAUGUCAGGUAUGAACUUGGGUAAACAAUGGACUUGGGUGGAUUUGUUAAAAUGCUGCUUGGACCUUCGCGUAUGGCCUUUUGUUUUGAUUUACUUUGGUGUUGUUGGCGUCGGUAAUGGUAUUUUUGGAUACUGCACUUUGAUUAUAGAACAAAUUAAUCCCAAGUUUUCGAGUACUACUAUUUCUCUUUUAAAUGCUCCCAUCUGGGUUUGUGAUGCUUUGGGUAUUAUACUAGUUAUGCCUCUUUAUGAUCGUUUCCGUUACAGACUCACAUUUCUUAUUUCGAACUGCCUUAUAAUUAUAGCCGGUCUUUGUGUUGCGACAUACGCUCACACAGCCUGGUCACGCUACGGUGGUUUGUUGAUGAUUGGUUUUGGUUUGGGACCUACGGUUCCUAUAUGUAUGGCUUGGUGCUCCGAGGUAAUGGUUGUUUCAUAUGGAGAUGUUGGCGUUGCUGCAAGCUUAGCUCUUGUAAGCGGUGUAGGAAAUUUGGGUUCUGUUGUGACAACUUACGCACUUUACUCAGGUUGGCCUGCAGAUACCACGUACCACAAAAGUAAUGAAGUUUGCAUGGGACUCAUCGGUCUUUCCAUUGUUUGUGGAUGUAUCGUCUAUAUUUUAGAAAAGACAAGAUUCGGUCAGUUCCGUGCAAGUUUUUGGGCAACCGAGACUAAAGACCAGGAGCCAGUUAUGUAUGAAUCACAUUUCGAGGAGGAAGUUUCUCAUUGAGCAUGUAAAAUAAUAGAAAGUAAUACUGUUUUAAUAAUUUUCUAUGUUUUUGGCAAUAAAAGUUCUUUUUAACCCCCUAAUUUGCUAUAAAUGUAUUGUACAUUGUCGCGUUC